AGGCAUAUUCACAGAAUUUUCGCUGCCAUGCCGGUUGGAUGUUCUUCGAACUGGCAAAGAAAAUAGGACGUUUUUUUUUGUUGGAGAUUGUUGUGUUUUUUUUCAGUGAAAAAGCAAAGGAAUUUGUGCAACGGCCGCAAAGAUGAGCAUGGCACCAGCAAAGCCAGUGAUACAGUUAAUGCGUUUAAAUGCUCCACGUGCUUCCCUUCACACAUUCGCCAACCGCUUUCGGCGCACAUUCGCAUUGAAUAAUCAGUCGUCGUCGUCGUCGUUGCCGUCGCCGUUGUUGUUGUCGCAGUCAACGUCUGGCGCAAUACACACAUACAAGGCGAAGCAGUCCAACAGCUGGUUGAACAGCAGCCGUGCCUACAGCAAGGCAAAGGAUCAAGCUGCAACACCAGAGACUGCAGCAGCGGCACCAUUGCUCUCGAAGCUUUUCCCACAAACGGCACCCGAUGCAGACGGGGGUGCAGAGCAGGAGCGCAAGAAGCGCGAGGAGGAUGAGGCUAAGGAAAAUGAACGUGCCUGGAAGCGCAUGAAAUUGGGUUUUGCCAUUUUUGGUGGCGGCGGCUUUGCGGCCGCCCUGUGGGGCAUCUAUGAGUUUGGCAAACCGGAGGUGGAUGCCGAGGGCCAGACAAUUGAGGAUGAGUUCACAAAUAAGCCGCUGGUGCAGCAAUAUUUGCAGCGCAUGUGGAAAUCAUUGCAUUACUAUCAGAAAAUGAUACAGGAGCCGUCGCGUGAAAAGCUCUUGCCCGAUCCCCUCAAGCAUCCGUAUGUGCAGCCACGCUACACAUUGGUGCUGGAGAUGAAGGAUGUGCUGGUGCAUCCGGAUUGGACAUAUCAGACUGGCUGGCGUUUCAAGAAGCGUCCAGGCGUUGAUCACUUUUUGCAGGAGUGUGCCAAAGAUUUUGAAAUUGUUGUCUUUACCGCCGAGCAGGGCAUGACCGUGUUUCCCAUAUUGGAUGCCCUCGAUCCCAAUGGUUUCAUCAUGUAUCGUCUGGUGCGAGAUGCUACGCAUUUCGUUGAUGGACAUCACGUCAAGAAUUUGGACAAUUUGAAUCGUGAUUUGCGUCGUGUUAUUGUUGUGGAUUGGGAUAACAAUGCCACCAAGAUGCAUCCGGAUAACACAUUCGGCAUUGCACGCUGGCAUGGCAAUGACGACGAUGCCCAGCUGCUCGACUUGAUUGCCUUCUUAAAGAUCAUUGCCCAAAACGAUGUGGAUGAUGUGCGUGAGGUGUUGCACUAUUAUCGCCAGUUUGAGGAUCCCAUCAGUCAGUUCCGGGAGAAUCAACGCAAGCUCGCCGAGCAAAUGCAGGAGGCUGAGCGCAUCGAGCAGACGAAAACCAAGCCGAUGGUUAAACAAUGGUCACGCAACAUCAUGGGACGCUAACCCCACACACACACACACACAAAAGCCAUAGUCUUAUAAAUAUAUUAUAUAUACACAAACACACACAUGCAUAUAUCGACAGUAGUCGUCGUAGCCAGUUGUAAACUGCAAAAUGCGAAAACUGUCACCUCGCUCCCUCCUCCGAUAAGCAUUUCAUUUAGGAGGGCAAAAUGCGUUACGCAUCAAAAGGAAAAUCAAAUACAAAAUUCAUUCAACUCCGCCACGUACAAAAAAUGAUAUAACUGAUGAUAAAAAUGAUGUAAUGAGAAUGAUUAUGAUAAUGAAAUGUUGUUGUGCAAGUACUUGGAAGCAAAGCACGCUUUUCUUUUCUUUUCCUCCUGUUUCUUUUUUUUUUUUUAAA